CGGAAAAGUAAAGUGUUCCACGGUCUCUGUUCCGAAGUCGUUCUAGUUCGAGGAUCUGCUGCCUGUUCGACUUGUUCUACCACCAAGAUGACCGACGUUCAGGACAUUAUGUCGUCCCUUCCGGACGACAAAAUUGAUAUGAUUGCUGCGACCAGUGUCUUGCAGCAGCAAGCUGGGGAUAUCCGGCAAACCAAGCCGAACUGGUACUCCUACAUGCAGUCGCAGAUGAUUUCGCAGGAAGACUAUGCUUGCGUCAGCUCGCUGGACAAGGAUAAGAAGGCACAGGCCCAAUACCUGCAAGAGAAUGCGUCGCAGUGUGCGAAAACACUGCUCAACAUGCUGUCGCACGUGUCGAAGGAUCAAACAAUCCAGUACAUACUGGUGCUGAUUGACGAUCUGCUGCAGGAGGACCGUUCGCGUGUGCAGAUCUUCCACGAUUAUGCCAACAAGAAGAAGGAGAGCGUAUGGGCACCGUUCCUGAAUCUGCUCAACCGCCAGGAUGGCUUCAUCGUCAACAUGGCAUCGCGGGUCGUUGGUAAGCUUGCCUGCUGGGGCCAGGAGCAGAUGCCCAAGUCCGAUCUGCACUUCUAUCUGCAAUGGCUAAAGGAUCAGCUGACCGUUGCUGCUCAAAAAUUGUUGCAUGAAAUGGAGGAGGCGGAAAAGAAACGACUGGCGGAGGCGGCCGCCUCGCACCAUGGUCACCAUGGGCAUGGGCACCAGUCGCAUCAUGGCGAGGCACACCACCCCAACAGCCACCAUCAUCAGAUCGCGGAGCGGUACCGUGAAAUAUCGAGUGCGAUCGACGAUCCUCAGAGAGGUUCCUCGAAGGAAGAUCUACACGUGACCCUAACGAACAACGAAUACAUCCAAUCGGUGGGUCGCUGUCUGCAGAUGAUGCUGCGCGUCGAUGAGUAUCGUUUUGCUUUUGUCACUGUCGAUGGCAUCAGUACGCUCAUCAGUAUCCUAUCAUCAAGGGUGAACUUCCAGGUUCAGUACCAGCUGGUGUUCUGUCUGUGGGUGUUGACAUUUAAUCCACUCCUGGCCGAAAAGAUGAACAAGUUUAACGUGAUCCCCAUUCUGGCCGAUAUUCUGAGCGACUGCGCGAAGGAAAAGGUGACCCGCAUUAUUCUAGCCGUGUUCCGCAACUUGAUCGAAAAGCCGGAAGAUUCGCAGGUAGCGAAGGAACAUUGCAUUGCGAUGGUGCAGUGUAAGGUGAUGAAGCAGUUGACCAUUCUGGAGCAACGCCGUUUCGAUGAUGAAGAUAUCACCGGCGAUGUUGAGUUCCUGACCGAAAAGUUGCAGAACUCGGUACAGGAUCUGAGUUCGUUCGAUGAGUACGCAACGGAGGUGAAGAGUGCCCGUCUGGAAUGGUCGCCAGUGCAUAAGUCGGCCAAAUUCUGGCGUGAAAAUGCUCAGCGUUUGAACGAGAAGCAGUACGAAUUGUUGCGUAUACUUGUCCAUCUGCUGGAAACCUCGAAGGAUCCGUUGGUGCUGUCGGUGGCUAGCUACGACAUCGGCGAGUAUGUGCGUCACUACCCAAGAGGCAAACACGUUAUUGAGCAGCUGGGAGGCAAACAGCUAGUAAUGCAGUUGCUCGCCCACGAAGACCCGAACGUUCGUUACGAAGCGUUGUUGGCCGUCCAGAAGCUGAUGGUGCACAACUGGGAGUAUCUCGGCAAGCAGCUGGAGAAGGAGAAUGAGAAGGCUCCCCAGGGCAGUGCACCGAUCAGUGGAAAAGCUUAAUUACCUUUUGACAUGAUCAAUCGAACAAACUUCGUGUCAUCACUUACGACCCCGAUCAGGCACUGCAGUCAACAGAAGAGAAGAAAAAAUGCAUUCCAUACCAUGGGCAAAAUUCUAGAAAGUUUAGAAAAAGUUAAAGGAACAGAAGGAUGUAUUGCAGAUCAGAGCGAUCAUGCUCCCCCACAGCUCCAUGCUAUGACGAUGUGUUGGUGUAUAUAAAAACUCCCCCUUGUGGCGCGAGUACAGAGUCCUCUUAAAGCGAUAAAUGGGCCAAGAUGCGUUACAAUGCGAAGUUAUUUUGUGUACCCGUCAUUUUCAAGCGCCAAACAUCGCUACCCGCUUAAUGUAUUAAUAGUGAAAAAUGUUAUGUUUCUUUGUUUCUCCCGGUGAGGAUAACAGCAAACGCUUCACUGGUGGUUUUAUUAGCUGUAAGAAGAUCGUUAUCAUUUCAAGUGCAACAUACAUAGAGAGAUAUAUGAGAGAGCAAAUGCCGCAUGAAAGGCGCGAAAGAUAGUUUGUACGCGUAAUCGAAAGGAUCGAACAUAAAUAAAGCACACAAUUAAAUCAA